AUGGAUGAUGGAUUAAAUGUCAAGGAGAGGAUUUGCUAUGUGAGUCAGGAUAUAUCUAGUAUUGUACUUGAUCAUCUAUGUCUCAGACAUGGUUCCAAAACUGAGGAGGAUUUAAUAGCUGGAACCACAGGGUACAUUUUGAAUUCCAUGAUGGACAUGAGAAGUGAAGUGCAAGUUCGCGCGAGCAGUGGCCUUCUUGCAAUAUUAGAGAAUUAUGCCAAUGUCGUAGCAUGCAUAACUAACCAUUUGUACUCCAUGCAGUGUGUGACACCACCUGAAGAACUGGUUGCUUCUUUACGCGAAACCCUGAAAUCUGUGAAGGACAUUCCUUACUUGCUGAAUUUCGGUAAUGUUCAAGAGUCCCAAGACCCUCAGACGUUGGUGCUUGUAAAGGCUUCGACCGUCACUGUUGAGCUUUCUCCUUCCCUAUUCGGCCAGUGGGGUUCUCUGUUCUUUUCGAGCAACAGAAAGAUUCAGGUGCAUUGCCGUUCUGGUAUGGCUGUGGAAGCAUUAAGAUUCAUCUUGCGUUCCCCUAUUUUACAUCGUGGAAUGCUGACCAUUGCGGGUCAUUGUAAGCUCAUCCGAUCACCAUUCUUCUCCAUCGCCAGCUGUGGGUUCUUCAAUUUUGGGCUGUGGCAAUCAUUCUUUGCUGCAGAAGGUGUGACGCUGUGCUGGAGCUGUUCAUUUCCCUCUAUUCUUUGUUCAUCCUCCCCUGUUUCUCGCUGCAAACAUCUUCGCUCCUCUCUCCCUCAUGUUGUUGCAGAUUCUUCUUCCUUCCUCCUCCUUGUUCGUUCGCCUGGGAUCAUCUCCUUCUCUGCUCGGUCAUACUGGUUCCAGGUAAUCGGUGUUAUUGAUGUAAACAGAACAAAAGAAAAGGGUGUGCCUCGAUGGUUAAAGAGGGUUUCUUCGGAUGAGCUCAAGCAAGUACACAAGGAAUUGCCAGGAUUCCUUGAAGAGGUUUCGUUGCUAGAACUUGCUGAACUUCCUAAUCUGUGCAAGGACAGGCUUGUUGCUCGUAUUGUAUAUAUGCAACAAGUAGGUAGUUCUGACUCUUCUGAAGUGUAUUUGCGUGAAAAAGAUUAA